AUUUCAUAUCAUAAUCGUCGUUGAGUUUUAUUUUAAGAUUGUGUUCUAUUCAAUUUCUGUGAUGUUAAUAUAAGUUAUAAAUUAAACAUCGUUGCCAUACUAAACACGCUUAUUAUCUAGUUGAAUUAGUUUAAUUAAAUAAUGGAGCCGAGGGCAUUUCAAACGCCGCAAAAAGCUAUGAAAUUUGUGGCUAGUGCGAUGCAAAUCGGUACUCCGCAGAAUAAAACUAGAGAAGCAUUUGAAACGCCUAAAUCAAUUGCUUUUCAUAGCUCCGGGAAUUUUUCUUUGCUCCCGGUCGUGAAUACUCCGCCGUCGCGAUUCCCAAAAGUUGUGAAUCCUUUUGAGCUUGGUCUCGCGGAUCGUUUGCAUUUGCCGCUAAUUUGUAGUCCAUCACUUUUCCAACGUCCAAAUACACCACAACAUUCAUCAACUCAAUUCGAAUGGACUAUCGAGGAAGUUUCAUCACUAGGACCAGCAAAUGUCGAGCCACAUGAAACCCAAUUUCAGGCGACACCAGAUCCUGACCUAGAGGCUAAAGCUCAAGCUGCCAUAAGUUCUUAUUUUAAAGACCAAAUAAUCGUCCCAAGUCCUGUGGAAUGUUCGCUUCGUAAUCGUAAAAUAGCAUUAGAUAAUAUAUUGAAUAGCAAUAGCCCGCCAGUUCGAUCUGGAAGAAGAAUACGAGAUGGUAUAGCACAAACCGUCAUGUCUAUACCUCCCGUGGUACCACCAGAAGUUGAAGAGAUGCUCAAGAGAUUCCUAACGUACAACGCCGAUCAACAACAAUCACCCACCGUUUCCUGUGAUAAUACUAUAGACUAUGAGGCACAAGAUAUAUCUUUGCGUCGAAAAUUGUUCGGUAUGCCGCUAAUGAAUAAGGACGUGGAAGAGGCAGAGAAAGAUGACGAUAUAUAUGAUGUCGAUUUGAGUGAAAUUGAAAAUGAACGUAGUCCACCGCCUAAAACUCCUGAUUUGCAAACAGACCCCAUGCCAUUACGUGGAUUUGGCAGCCCAUUCGGGAAUAAUUCAUUUGGCGAAUUGUCGCCGAUCUCAAAACUUGACUCAGGUAAAAAAACACACGAAUGCUCCCCUCUGGACGAAACCCUUGAUAAUACAAUUGAGAUAGGCGAUGAGGACUACAGUUUCGGAAAGGCUCUAAAGUCCACGCAACAGUCGUCGCGGGAUGGCAGUAGCAAUACUGAAAACAUUCCCAACCCUCAAAAUCAAUCUUUGUUUCGAUCAACACCAGAUCGAACACCAGCUCCGAAUGGUGCUAUUGAUAUGUCGGUUGAUGGUAGUUUCAUUAAGAACCGACACCAACGAACAGUCGGCAACGGAUCAAAGAAUCUUUUCCCCAGCGAUUUUGAUAAUGCAUCGGAGCAUUCGUUUCUUGUCGCUGAUGAAGAUGACAUGCAGAUCAGCCAGCUAUCAGCGAAAAGUACCAGCUCGUCAAGUUCGUCGCAGCACUCUGACACACCGAUGCGUCGUCGUCGAAACCGUUCAGCAAGUAGAAGAAAUCUAUCAAGGUCUUUCUCGUGUCCCGUGACCGAUGAUGAGGACGAAGCGGAUGCUAAUUUGUUCUCAUUGAAAAAAGUGGCACUUGCAGAUAGGAAAUCAAGCCUUGAAAUGAGAGUACAACAAACCGGAUUAAUAUGCGGCGGGGAUAGUGCAGCAAUGAAUAUCACUGAACGCUCGAUAUUUUACCGAGCAGACAGUGGAUUCAACGAAAUGGCUACACACGACGAGUCCAAAUUCCCCAGUGAAAUAGAGGACUUGAAAAGAAACUUAAUGCCGAUUGACGGCGAUAUUAGUAUGACUACUUGAUGUUGCAAUAAAUACACUCAAAUGGAGUAUUGGAUCUUUGUAGGUAGAACACAUAUGCAGUCAUCAAUCCUAGAUAAUCAGAGAUUAUCAAUUCAUAGAAUAAUUUAGUGUCACCCUUCAUUCAAAUUUCCACUCUAGCCAUCACCUUUAAACGUAUAAGCUUAAGACAAAUCACAAAAUCAGAAUUAAGAUAAGUUUCCCGGAUAGAUAUUUUCGCAGGAUCUCAAUAUUUCCUCAUGUGCGUUUUGAUACCUACAAAGAUCCAUAAGUUUAUUUUUAAAACGAUUUCACAAUGAUAUUGGUCCUUUUCAUCCGUGUUCAUUUUAAUAUAGUAUUUUUUAAAUUUAGAAAAAAAAAGUGCAUUGACUCAGCCAAUAUUUGGCUUUUCCUUUUUGAGAGAUGAAGGACUGUAAUUGUUUUUAUUAUAGUUAUGUACAUGGCAUUGCUUCAUGAAUUUAUGUCCACAAUAGAUGAAAUGCUUAUACGAUGUAAAUAGAAGAUUAUGGACAGUAAAAAGGCAUUAAACUUGAUCGUGCUUCAAUUAAAAAAACAAUUUUUUACUUUCU